AUGGAUGCUCUAACUUCGGACUCACCUAUUGGUCUGUGUGGUGGUGUCACCCUCUGCUCAAGCCAGUCGCAAGGGUUUUGGUUUGGAUCUGGAUCCGAUUGGGUUCUGGUUUUUUCCUUUCCUCCGUCGUUGAUUCAGGUAGUGGUACCCUUGGAUUGUAUAGCCUUUGUGCGUUCUAGGAUCUUCGGUGUUGGGCAUGAUUUUAAGCGGCUAGGGUUAAUGGUUGUACUCACUGUUCCUCUCUCGACGGGUUCUAUCGUGUUGGGGCUUUGGGAUCCUAGUGGUGAUCGAAAUUUUACUGUUGUUGAGCAAUUUAUCUACAUAGACGAGUUUGCUAUUAAGGUGAUGGAGGCCAACCUCGAGGGGUUUCCCAAUUUUCCUUGGUGUGUUUGCCGGAACGCUUGUGGGCUUGGCAUCCGAUAA